AUGGGAUCCCCCGCUACGAUCUCUCAGAACAUUGAGGAAUCGUCUUCCCUCGAUGGUCUGCUCUCUGAUGUAUCCUCCGCCCUAGACAAGCGUGCGGGCAAAGACAUCUUUGCCAUCGGAGGCAGCGUUGGUGAUGAUGGUGACUCUACUAAUUCGACUGGUAACUCUAUCACAAUCCGCUGGGAUAAGCAGGGGCAUGGUCACACUCUCAAGCUACCCCUCAACAAGGAUCCUGCCGCUCAAGAUGCCUUCAACACCUUGUUGGCCGAUUGUCAACCAGCAACCUUCGGCAUCGGCAGCCAAGAGGUUCUUGAUGAGGAGUACAGAAAAGCGGGGAAGAUGAACACCGAAGACUUUUGUACCAACUUCAACCCUUACGAACACGGCAUCGUCGAUACCAUCAAUCAGGCCCUAGCCCAAGCCAGUGUCACUGAUGCCCGAGGCCUCGGUGUAAAGGCCGAGCUUUACAAGCUCAACGUGUAUUCGGGACCUUCUGGCAAGUUCAAGCCUCAUGUUGACACUCCACGAUCUGAUCGCCAGAUGGGUUCGCUUGUUGUCAGUCUUCCUGUUGAGCACAAAGGGGGGCAGCUUGCGGUUAGACAUGGAGGUCGUGAGAUUAUUUUUGACUGGGCGCCGAAAAGCGCAGAGGCCAUUCAGUGGGCGGCUUUCUUUUCUGACUGCGAGCAUGAAGUUCUGCAAGUCACUGAAGGGCAUCGCGUCACACUGACUUAUAAUCUCUUCUGGACCAACUAUGGCCCGGCUUUGAUGUCAGAUAAUCUUCGGGCUCUGGACCAAGAAUCUCUUCAUUUCUUCAAUGCGCUUGAGAAACUACUUGAGAACAAGCAUCUCAUGAAAGAAGGCCUCGUCGGAUUUUCUUGCACCCACGCUUACCCUCAUACCUCCAAAUCAUCCACCAAUAACCUGCACCACAUGCUCAAAGGCAUCGACAUGGUAGUCUACCAAGCCCUCAAACGUAUCCUCGGUACAGCCGAAGUCGCCGCAUUGGUAGACGAUGAGGAAUACAGACACGACCAGCAAGAGUCGAUACCAGAGAGGAUUGAAUGGAAGAAAGAAAACUGGCUGAAGUAUCAGCCAGACCAGCCAGAACCCCAAAUCACGGAGGCAGAGCAGGACAUCUUGGACAAUAAGCUAGCUAUCGGUCGCCCUCUGAGACCUGCCGUUUAUUUCUGGCAUGAUUAUGACAAUAGACUUGACCCAGCUGAAGUCAAUGCUCAGUAUGGACCUGACUGGCAAACUGACAGGAGGAACUUUUAUCCUCGAGAAGACGUCACUUGGUUGAAUGGCCCGCCUGGGGAGGAGGUUUCGAAAGAACUUGCCGUUGCUUUCAUCACGUACGGAAAUGAGCCUGGUAUUGACGCUUACUACACUUCGGCCGUCAUUGUCGCAACGGUGGAUGGGGCAUCCAAGUCAGACGCAGGCACCCAGAGCGGAAGCGUGAGCGAUGCAGAGGAUUAG